AUGUCCCGGUUCGUCUCGGCCGGGGCGAUCGACGCCGCGACGGGCGAGGUGGUGAGCGCCGACGACCAGCAUCAGCAACAAGGCGGGGAGGCGGGCAGCAGUCGGAAGCAGGAGUGGUCUGCCGUCAGUCGGGAGCUGGACGAGCAGCGGAAGCGGAGGGAGGAGGAGGCUAGGAGGAUCGCCGAGGAGGGUGCAGAGCCGAGUCUUUUUGCUAUCUUGCAGGCGAACAAGGCGGCGAAACAGGCUGCGUUUGAGGAGGCGAACAAGAUCAAGAACCAGUUCCGCGCGCUGGACGAGGACGAGAUUGAGUUCUUGGACGAGGUCGCGGCGUCCAAGCGGGCCGAGGAGGAGCGCACGAGGAAGGAGGUCGAGGAGGGCCUGGACAGGUUCAGGGAGCUACAGCAGCUCAAGAGCAAAGACGGUGGCGGCGACGGCGGCGCUGAGGAGGACGGUGGUGACGGGGACAAAGAAGACUGGAGCUUUGGCACCGGGGCGGGCGCGAGGAAGCGGAGGAGGAAGGACGACGGCGGCGGGCUGAGAGGUCUGAAGGGUGUCGUCAGGCGCAAGACGGAGCAGGGUGCGGAGAAGAAGGAUCCCGGGGCCGGUGACGUCGCGUCGGAGAAGGUGGAGAGUGUUGAUGGUCCGGCAAAGAGUGGAGAGAAGCCGGCUGCUGGUGAUAAGACGGUUCCUCCGGUUCAGGCUGAGACUCCUGUCACAAAUUCACAACCAAAACCAAACUUGGGCUUGGUGGCUUACGGUUCAGAUGACGAUUCGGAUUAG